AUGGGGGCAAUUCGAGAUCUAUGGCUGAGAUGGAAGAUGCUUCGUUUGCCCUGGAGAAAGAGAUUCUUAGUCGGGCAAGACCUCUACGGCAACACAUUCUGGGAGUUCCGAGAUCAAAUCAAUCCCGGUCGAUGGCGGCGGAUGGUCAAGGGCAGCCGUCGGGCUACUCUUUCUUCACUCUCAGACGUUCAGAUCUCGCCUCAGUGGCACCAGUGGCUCCGCUACACUCGCUAUGACGCUCCCACAAUGCAAGAGCAGGCAGCGGAUGUCCAGAGACAGGCCCAGCUCAAGAUUGGGGCAAGGCUAGCCGAUGAGAGAUGGGCUGCAAGGGCCAAAUACAUUGAAAAGCCAAAGCCAGCGGCGACCGUCGCACUUGCUGGCGAUCCGUUAUUGGACAGGAUUGACGCGCAAAAUGAUCCUACGCAGUCUCCGCAGGGAGAGAAGAUGAAGAAUCACAUCGAAAGCAAUGAAAACCAAAUGAGAAAAGCAAAAGAGACGGCUACAAAUCCUGGAUCGACGUGGACGCCCGAGGCCUGGUCUCCUGGAGCCUCGAAAAGAUGA